GGAGAAGAAAGCCAUAAUUGAUCCUUCUUUGUUCAAAUACAAAGUCCAACCUAUUAAAAAAGAUCUAUAUGAAACUGUUAUUGUUAAAGCAUCUCAACUAAGCCGGAGGAAACAUCUCUUUUCUCGUGAUAGACUUAAACUUUUUCUGAAACAACACUGUGAACCACAUGAUGGAGUCAUUAAAACUAAGGCAACAUCAAUUGCAAAAUAUAAUCUAGCAGAACAAAAUUUCUCCUACUUCUUUCCUGAUGAACCACCCACGUUUAUCUUCAGUCCUGCAAGCAGACGGCGAGGAAGACCUCCAAAGAGGCCAUCUCCUAGUCUUGAGGACGAAAUUCCUGCUAAACAAAAUACCCAAGGAAGCAAAAGUAAAAUAGCAAAGGAAAAGACAAGGUUCCAGAAGCAAAAGGAAGAUAUGCAGGCCAUGGCUUUUGAAAAAGCUAAAUUAAAACGAGAGAAGGCAAAUGCUAUAGAAGCUAAGAAAAAAGAGAAAGAAGAUAAGGAAAAAAAGAGAGAAGAAUUAAAGAAGAUUGUGGAAGAAGAAAGGAUGAAGAAGAAAGAAGAGAAAGAAAGACUCAAAAUAGAAAAGGAAAAGGAAAGAGAGAAGCUGCGUGAAGAAAAAAGGAAAUAUGUGGAAUACCUGAAACAGUGGAGUAAGCCCAGAGAAGAUAUGGAGUGUGAUGAUCUUAAGGAACUUCCUGUUCCAAUGCCAGUGAAGACGAGACUUCCUCCUGAGAUCUUUGGUGAUGCUCUGAUGGUUUUGGAGUUUUUAUAUGCCUUUGGGGAACUUUUUGAUCUUCAAGAUGAAUUUCCUGAAGGAGUGACUUUAGAAGUGUUAGAGGAAGCUCUUGUAGGAAAUGACACUGAAGGCCCACUAUGUGAAUUGCUGUUUUUCUUCCUGACUGCCAUCUUUCAGGCAAUGGCCGAAGAGGAAGAGGAAGUGGCCAAAGAUCAAAUAGCUGAUGCUGAGACCAAAGAUUUAACAGAGGCUUUGGAUGAAGAUGCAGACCCCACAAAAUCUGCACUGUCUGCAGUUGCAACUUUGGCAGCUGCAUGGCCCCAGUUACAUCAGGGCUGCAAUCUGAAAAACUUGGAUCUUGAUAGCUGCACUCUUUCUGAGAUUCUCAGACUUCAUAUUCUAGCCUCAGGCGCUGAUGUAACAUCAGCCAAUGCAAAAUACCGUUACCAGAAACGAGGAGGGUUUGAUGCUACUGAUGAUGCUUGCAUGGAGCUGCGAUUAAGUAAUCCUGGGCUCUUGAAGAAACUUUCAAGUACCUCAGUGUAUGAUUUGUUGCCAGGAGAAAAGAUGAAGAUCCUUCAUGCACUCUGUGGGAAACUUCUGACUCUCGUUUCCACUCGAGAUUUCAUUGAGGACUCUGUUGAUGUGUUACGACAAGCAAAACAGGAGUUCAGAGAAUUAAAGGCAGAACAGCAUCGCAAAGAACGAGAGGCAGCAGCAGCAAGGAUACGUAAGAGGAAAGAGGAAAGGUUAAAAGAACAAGAGUUAAAAAUGAAAGAGAAACAAGAAAAGCUGAAGGAAGAGGAGCAAAGAAAUCCUGCUGCAGAAGUAUCUAUUGGGGAGGAGGAACGGGAAGACCUUGAUACUAGUACAGAGAGCAAAGAAAUUGAACGUAAAGAACAAGACAUGGACACAGUGACAGAGGAUGAAGAAGAGCUGGGACCAAACAAAAAACGAGGAAGAGGAAGGAGAGGGCAAAAUGGAUAUAAAGAAUUUGCAAAACAAGAAGAGACCACUUGUGAAAAGAGUGAACCUCUUACUGCUGAAGACGAAGAAGCUUUAAAACAGGAGCAACAAAAGAAAGAGAAGGAACUGUUAGAAAAGAUUCAGAAUGCAACAGCCUGCACAAAUAUCACCCCGUUAGGCCGUGACCGUCUGUACCGACGCUACUGGAUUUUCCCCUCUGUUCCUGGAUUGUUUAUAGAAGAGGACUAUUCUGGUCUCACAGAAGACAUGUUGUUGCCUCGAACCUCUUCCUUUCAGAAUAGUGUAGAGUCUUGCACAAAUGAACCUCAGGUAUUCAGUAAAACUGGAGAGUCUUUGAAAUCUUCUGAAUCUACCUCCAAUAUUGACCAAGAUUCACACACCAGUGUUGUUGUAGAGGUGCCAAGGCCAGUAUAUAAACCAAACCGUUGGUGCUUUUACAAUUCUCGGGAACAACUGGACCAACUCCUAGAGGCUCUCAAUUCCCGAGGACAUAGGGAGAGUGCCUUAAAAGAAACUCUUUUACAAGAGAAAAGUAGAAUAUAUGAACAACUAAGCAGUUUUCCUGUGGAAAAAUUCCAUAUUUCAGACAAACCUCAGAGUGACAUGAGACCUCCUUCAGGACGGGGCAGGAUGCAGAAUGCCCAUGAAGGAUCUCAUGUAUCUGCAGAGAAGCAGCUUGAACUCAGACUUAGAGACUUUCUUUUGGACAUUGAAGACAGGAUCUACCAAGGAACAUUGGGGGCUAUUAAGGUUACAGACAGACAGUCUUGGAGAGCAGCCUUGGAACAUGGGCGCUAUGAGUUUCUGAAUGAUGAAAACAAAGAAAAUGGUAUAAUUAAAACUGUGAAUGAAGAAUCUGAAGAAAUGGAAACUGAUGAUCAAGAUAAGUUUCUUGUGAAAGACAGGCUCAUUGGCUUGAAAACUGAAGCUCCGAGUGCUGCAUCAACAAGUACAAGUACUCCUCAACCAGUUAAUAAUGUGGUCCACUACUUGGCAUCUGCACUGCUUCAGAUAGAACAAGGGAUCGAGCGCAGGUUUCUCAAAGCUCCUCUUGGUAAUGCAGAAGAUGAUGAAUGGAACCACUGGGGGGAUAAAAAGAGGAGGAGAGUGGAAGCCAAGACUAGUCAGAGAGAUG